CAGCAUCAAGCAACAACAUGAAAUUACACCUUUAAGUAAAACAUUCGCGCUCUGUUUACAUCCAUGCAUAUGAAUAACUCAAAGAUACUCAAAUCGCAAUUGUGUUAUUUUAUAGUUUAAAACUAAUAAGUGAGGUUAUUUUUUGUGUUGUUAUAACAAAAGUUUUAUCCAUUCCACUGAUCAUUAUUUGUAUGCUGUACUUGAUAAUAUUCAGAACAGUUAAUUAUCUUGGAUGCUCAUAUCAACGUAGAUGUACAGUUGUAUCAAGUUUAACCAAAAAAUUGUGAUUUUUUUUUACUUAUUACUGUUCAAAUUUACUAUUUCAUGAAACAAAACAAGUUAUCGGUUUUAAUUUCACUUUUGACAACUGUCAUUUUAUCAUCUGCGUUUUAAGAAUUACGCAUUUAUUUCCGACGACAUUUAAGUUGACGCUAAAAUAUAGACAUUUCUAGGUGACAAUGGUACCUCUGGGACCAUCUCCAGUUCAUCAAUCAUUAAAUAGCACAACUUCAACGCCAGCAUCUGGGACUAAAGGAAAUUCUUCUGUUAAACCGAAUUAUACGUUAAAAUAUACACUCGCUGGACAUACGAAAGCUGUAUCUUCGGUCAAAUUUAGCCCUAAUGGAGAAUGGCUUGCAAGUUCAUCUGCCGAUAAGCUCAUAAAAAUAUGGGGAUCUUAUGAUGGAAAAUUCGAAAAAACUAUUCAAGGACAUAAAUUAGGAAUUUCUGAUGUAGCAUGGUCCAGUGAUAGUAGGCUAUUAGUUUCUGCAUCUGAUGAUAAAACACUCAAAAUAUGGGAGCUUAGCUCAGCUAAAUGUUUGAAAACUUUAAAAGGCCACAGUAAUUACGUUUUCUGUUGUAAUUUUAAUCCUCAGUCCAAUCUCAUCGUUUCUGGUUCGUUUGAUGAAAGUGUCAGGAUUUGGGAUGUUAGAACAGGAAAAUGUUUGAAAACGUUACCAGCGCACUCUGAUCCCGUAAGUGCAGUUCAUUUUAACAGAGAUGGAUCCUUAAUUGUUUCUAGCAGUUAUGAUGGAUUAUGUCGCAUAUGGGAUACUGCGUCUGGACAAUGUUUAAAAACUCUAAUUGAUGAUGAUAACCCACCAGUAUCAUUUGUUAAAUUUUCUCCAAAUGGUAAAUAUAUUUUGGCUGCAACUCUUGAUAACACGCUCAAGUUGUGGGACUACAGUAAAGGAAAAUGCUUGAAAACUUACACCAGUCAUCGUAAUGAAAAAUACUGCAUAUUUGCAAAUUUUUCUGUAACAGGGGGAAAGUGGAUCGUUUCUGGUUCAGAAGAUCAUAUGGUAUAUAUUUGGAAUUUACAGACUAAGGAAGUUGUUCAAAAACUUCAGGGACAUACAGAUGUAGUACUUUGUACAACAUGCCACCCGACGGAUAAUAUUAUUGCUUCAGCUGCUUUGGAAAAUGAUAAAACUAUAAAGUUAUGGAAAAGUGAUACAUAGACUAUUUAAUUUAAGCAAACUGUUUUGUGUAUAAAUUUAUAUUACUUUAUCCUGUAAAUCACAUUGCUACUGAAAGUGUAUUAUAUAAAAACAUUAUUUUUUUCUUCUA